GGGAGGGAGCCCGGGCCCGGAACGCGAGCGCAGGGCCGGGGAGCGGCUGCGCGGCCGGACCCGCCGCUCCAGGGUAACCGCGGCCGGCCCCGGCCAUGAGGCUGCUCCGCGGCGGGCUCCGCUUCCUGCUGCGGCCCGCGGGCCCCGCCGCCUACACGCAGGGCCAGAGCCCCUCGCCCCGCGCCCGGGAGUAUUUCUACUACGUCGACCACCAGGGCCAGCUUUUCCUGGACGAUGCCAAAGUGAAGAACUUCAUCACCUGUUUUAAAGAUAAGAAGUUCCUCGCCUUCUUCUUCAAACAACUGCAGCUGAACCGGAGUGGGCGCUACCAGGACGCCUUCCCCUACCUCUCCCCCUGCGGCCGAGAGCACAACUUCGUGCGCUGCGACGACCGCCCCAUCGUCUUCACCCACCUGCUGCGGGGCCAGGCGGGCGAGGAGCUGCUCUCCUACUGCGGUGGCGGAGACAGGCUGGCGGUCAGCUUCGAGCCGGAGAAGCUAGUGAUGCUCCCUGAGAACGGGCGUGUCUACCACCCGGGCCCGCAGAAAGCCGGCGGCGUGGGGCUGGUGAAAUCAGCCCUGGCCUUCGAGCUGAGCCCCUGCUUUGAGUACAGCCAGGGCGCCGGCAGGCCCCCCACCCACUUCCGCUGGCAGGGCAAGCGGUGCACCCUCACCAACGAGCUGCUACAACUGAUCCGCUCGGGCAGCAGUGCCUGAGCCAGGGCCUCGCCAGUGAGGCUGCCUGGCCCAGAGCUUGGCCCUCGGCAGCUAUGCUGGGUGCAUCCCAACAGCCGGAGGAGAACACCUCCCUGGCGCUCACUGGAGCAGGUCGCACCCAGCCCCCUCUCUGCAGCCCACCCUUGGCUGCCCUGCCAUACGUAGGCCACCUUGGGCCAAGCAGCCCCGGGGCUGGCUGCUUGCGGGGCCUCCAUGGGCCUCUUCUCCAACUGGGGUGUGGGUGCCCUCGAACCCCAGGGGCUGCAUGUAAGGCUCUAGAUUGGGCUGGGCGGCCCUGACCUCCGACAGCCACCUCUUAGUGGGAGCAGAAGCUCUUGUCCCCUCUGGUCCAAGCAGAUGGCCAAGCCGGAGAUGAACGGAGCCCCUGGUUUGCCAUUGCGUGGGGAGCUGGGCUGGGAUUCUGUCCCUGGAGAGCAGCGGGGGGUGGGGCAGACCCAGAAUCCAUGAUUCCCUCACCUGUGGCCCUACAAACUCCACAGCCCAGGGCCCCUCUCCUCCCUCAGCCCCUCUCCUCUCUCACCACCUCCCCAUUUUAAGGAUCUGCGAAUUCAGUGUGGGCCCGGGGCCUACUGCAUUGCUUGUUGCUCAGUGUGUCUGCCCUUCCUCAGCGCAGAAAGCGGUGAGCGCUGUGGGGAAAGAGCCCGCUGAUUGACUCGCCCCCAUCCCCACCCCCCC